CCGCCUCAGCGCCAGCCGGUCGCCGACCCGCCGCCGCUCUUGGGCUCCGGCCGGGUCUCGCGCGCCGUCUUCUCGUGAGGGGCCUCGCGCCGCCCGGCGCUCGCCGUCCCCCUGCCUCGCGGCGCGGGGUCUCGCGGGCCCCGCUCCCGCCCUCCGCUCGCCUGGCCCGGACCGGAAGCGGCGCCGCACGGCCUGGGCCUGGCGCGGGGGGCGGGCACCGGGGCCCGGUCGGACAUGGGCAAGAAGCACAAGAAGCACAAGUCGGACAAACACCUCUACGAGGAAUAUGUAGAGAAGCCCUUGAAGCUGGUCCUCAAAGUGGGAGGGAACGAAGUCACCGAGCUCUCCACGGGCAGCUCCGGGCACGACUCCAGCCUCUUCGAGGACAAAAAUGAUCAUGACAAACACAAGGACAGAAAGCGGAAAAAGAGGAAGAAAGGAGAGAAGCAGGUUCCAGGGGAAGAAAAGGGGAGGAAACGGAGACGAGUAAAGGAGGAUAAAAAGAAGCGAGAUCGGGACCGCAUGGACAAUGAGGCAGAAAAAGACCUCCAGUGUCAGGCCCCUGUAGGAUUAGACUUGCCUCCUGAGAAGCCUCUUGCAAGCUCUUUAGCCAAACAAGAAGAAGUAGAACAGACACCCCUUCAAGAAGCUUUGAAUCAACUGAUGAGACAAUUGCAGAGAAAAGAUCCAAGUGCUUUCUUUUCAUUUCCUGUGACUGAUUUUAUUGCUCCCGGCUACUCCAUGAUCAUUAAACACCCAAUGGAUUUUAGCACCAUGAAAGAAAAGAUCAAGAACAAUGAUUACCAGUCCAUAGAAGAACUAAAGGAUAACUUCAAAUUAAUGUGUACUAAUGCUAUGAUUUACAACAAACCGGAGACCAUUUAUUAUAAAGCUGCUAAGAAGCUGUUGCACUCAGGGAUGAAAAUUCUUAGCCAGGAGCGAAUUCAGAGCCUGAAGCAGAGCAUAGACUUCAUGGCAGACCUGCAGAAAAGUCGAAAGCAGAAAGAUAGAGCAGACACCUCGCCGAGCGGGGAGGACAGCGGCUGCUGGCCGAGGGAGAGGGAGGACUCCGGAGACACUGAGGCACAAGGCUUCAAGAGCCCCAAUAAGGAAAAUAAAAAGAAAGACAAAGAUGUGCUUGAAGAUAAAUUUAAAAGCAAUAAUUUAGAAAGAGAGCAGGAGCAGAUUGACCGCAUUGUUAAGGAAUCUGGAGGAAAGCUGACCAGGCGGCUGGUUAAUAGUCAGUGUGAAUUUGAAAGGAGAAAGCCAGAUGGAACAACAACAUUGGGACUUCUCCAUCCUGUGGAUCCUGUUGUCGGAGAGCCAGGCUACUGCCCUGUGAGACUGGGCAUGACAACUGGAAGACUGCAGUCUGGGGUGAAUACUUUGCAGGGGUUCAAAGAAGAUAAAAGGAACAAAGUAACUCCAGUGUUAUACUUGAAUUAUGGACCCUACAGUUCUUAUGCGCCACAUUACGACUCCACAUUUGCAAAUAUCAGCAAGGACGAUUCUGAUUUAAUCUAUUCAACCUAUGGAGAAGACUCUGAUCUCCCAAAUGAUUUCAGCAUCCAUGAGUUUUUGGCCACAUGCCAAGAUUAUCCAUACGUUAUGGCAGAUAGUUUACUGGAUGUUUUAACAAAAGGAGGACAUUCUAGAACCCUGCAAGAGUCCGAGACGUCAUCACCUGAAGAGGAAGGCCAGCCUAGGACACUUGACACAGCAAAAGAAAUGGAGCUGGUUGCAGACAUCGAGCCAGCAGGCUAUUUAGACUCCAGUAAUCAGGACAGGCUCAUAGCACUGAAAGCAGUGACAAACUUUGGAGCUCCCGUGGAAGUUUUUGACUCUGAAGAAGCCGAAGUGUUCCAGAGGAAACUCGAUGAGACCACCAGACUGCUCAGGGAGCUCCAGGAGGCCCAGAAUGAGCGUCUAAGCACCAGACCGCCUCCCAACAUGAUCUGUCUCUUGGGUCCCUCGUACAGAGAAAUGCAUCUCGCUGAACAGGUGACCAAUAACCUUAAAGAACUGGCACAGCAAGUAACUCCAGGUGAUAUUGUCAGCACGUACGGAGUCCGAAAAGCAAUGGGGAUUUCCAUCCCCUCCCCGGUCGCUGAGAACAACUUUGUGGAUUUAACAGAAGAUUUUGAAGAACCUAAAAAGACUGAUGUUACUGAGUGUGGACCUGAUGGGAUUUGAAGCUAACUGGUAUUUGAUUAUAUAUUAUGUACAUAUUUUUUUUCACUCUUAACUUGGAAAUGCUUUUCAGAAGAUAUUAAAUAUUUGUAAAUUGUGUUUUUAAUUAAACUUUGGAACAAUUUUAAUGUUCCAGA